GCAAGGCAAGGCAAGUGCACAACGGCGCCCCCCUGCCAUUUAUGUCAGUUCAGGCAGGGCAUUUUUCAUUUCCCUUCCGCGAUCUCGACUGGAGCCCCCUCCACUCCUCUCCUUUCGCACCGCACCGCACCGCACUCCGACUUUCUGUCGUUUUGAUCCCCCAGCUAAGAGAUUUAGUUUGGAAAGCAAAAAAAGAGUUAAUCUGCCUCGAUUCUUGCAAACAUGAGUUCCCCGCUUCGCGACAAUAUGGCUUCGGCCAACAGGGGCAUCACACCAGGCCGGGCAAACCGCAAGCGUGCUCGCACUAACGGUGAUGACGCCACGUCGUCGGUCGCCGCCGCCUCGAGCCCCAUGAUGCCCUCGUCCCCUCCCGCCUUCCCCAUCGCCCAUGGCGGCGACGAGGAUGACGAAAUCGAGGAAGAUGUCGAGCUCCAGGACGACCUGGACGACCUUGACGAGCUGGCCGAAGAUGACGUUGACCUCUUCCGCGAGGGCUUCGAGCGCGAUUAUGUAGAGAGGACCGAGAAUGAUGUCUACGAAGGCAUCGACAUUGACGACGACGGAGACUAUGUCGCCUUGGACCCGCGUGACAGGCGCCGUCUUGAGGCGCAGCUGGAUCGCAGAGACCGGGAGGUGGCUCGGAGAAAGAACUUGCCCGCCAUGUUUCUAGAGGGCGAAGAGGACGACCGCGACAUUGACCUCACGUCCCGGCCCCGCCGCCAUAGGCACCGCCUCUACGAUGAGGACCCCGACGAGGACAUGGAUGGCGACAUCAUGGACGAGGAGCUCUCGCUCGAGGCCCUGCACGACGUCAAGGCUUCCAGCUUGACCGAGUGGGUAUCCCAGCCCCCAGUCCAGCGCACCAUCAAGCGCGAGUUUAAGGCUUUCCUCACCGAAUACACCGACGACAGCGGCUCGUCUGUUUACGGAAACCGCAUCCGAACGCUGGGUGAAAUCAAUGCCGAGUCGCUCGAAGUCUCGUAUGAGCACCUCUCCACCUCCAAGGCUAUCUUGGCUUACUUCCUCGCCAAUGCCCCGUCCGAGAUGCUGAAGCUCUUCGACGAGGUCGCCAUGGAGGUUGUCUUGCUGCAUUACCCUGACUACGAGCGUAUUCACUCCGAGAUCCACAUUAGGAUCUUUGACCUUCCUGUUCACUACACCCUCCGCCAGCUUCGCCAGUCGCAUCUCAACUGCCUGGUGCGCGUCAGCGGCGUCGUGACACGGAGAACCGGCGUCUUCCCGCAGCUCAAGUAUGUUAAGUUUGACUGCACCAAGUGCGGCGUCACCCUCGGCCCUUUCCAGCAGGAGUCCAACGUCGAAGUUAAGAUCACGUAUUGCCAGAGCUGCCAGUCCCGCGGCCCCUUUACCCUCAACUCGGAGAAGACUGUCUACCGCAACUACCAGAAGCUUACUCUACAGGAGUCUCCCGGCACUGUCCCUGCAGGUCGCCUCCCCCGCCACCGCGAGGUGAUUCUGCUCUGGGAUCUCAUUGAUAAGGCUAAGCCGGGCGAGGAGAUUGAGGUCACGGGCAUCUACCAAAACAACUACGACGCUCAGCUCAACAACCGCAAUGGCUUCCCCGUCUUUGCCACCAUCCUCGAAGCCAACAACGUUGUCAAGUCUCACGACCAGCUCGCCGGCUUCCGCAUGACAGAAGAGGACGAGCACGAGAUCCGCCGGCUCUCCAAAGACCCGCAGAUCGUUGACAAAAUUAUCAACUCGAUUGCCCCGAGUAUCUACGGGCAUACCGACAUUAAGACGGCCGUCGCGCUGUCGCUGUUUGGCGGCGUGGCCAAGACAACCAAGGGCGCCCACCACAUUCGCGGUGACAUCAAUGUGCUGCUGCUGGGUGACCCGGGUACGGCCAAGUCGCAGGUUCUCAAGUACGUUGAGAAGACGGCGCACCGCGCCGUAUUCGCCACUGGCCAGGGUGCCAGCGCCGUCGGUCUCACGGCUAGUGUCCGUCGAGACCCGCUGACGAGCGAGUGGACGCUCGAAGGCGGCGCGCUGGUGCUGGCCGACAAGGGCACCUGCCUGAUUGACGAGUUUGACAAGAUGAAUGACAAGGAUCGUACCUCGAUCCACGAGGCCAUGGAGCAGCAGACCAUCUCCAUCUCCAAGGCGGGUAUCGUGACGACGCUGCAGGCCCGCUGCGGCAUCAUCGCCGCAGCCAACCCGAUCGGCGGCCGCUACAACUCGACCAUCCCCUUCUCGGCUAACGUGGAGCUGACGGAGCCCAUUCUGUCUCGUUUUGAUAUCCUCUGCGUCGUCCGCGAUACGGUCGAGCCUGCCGAGGACGAGCGCCUCGCACGCUUCAUCGUCGGUUCCCACAGCCGAAGCCAUCCCCUGACCAACACGCAGGCGACAGCCGCUGGCCAGUCGAUGGAGAUGGAACAGCCCGAGUCCGGCCAGCCCGACACACAGGCUACUUCCACCUCACCACCGACUAAAGAGGGCGAAAUCCCCCAGGAGCUGCUGCGCAAGUACAUCCUAUACGCGCGCGAGCGGUGCAGUCCCAAGCUGUACCACAUGGACGAAGACAAGGUUGCCCGGCUGUUUGCCGACAUGCGCCGCGAGAGUCUUGCCACGGGUGCCUACCCCAUCACGGUCCGCCAUCUCGAAGCCAUCAUCCGCAUCAGCGAAGCCUUCUGCCGCAUGCGUCUGUCGGAGUACUGCUCGGCCCACGACAUGGACCGCGCUAUCGCCGUCACGGUCGAGAGCUUUGUCGGCAGCCAAAAGGUCAGCUGCAAAAAGGCCCUCGCCCGCGCCUUUGCCAAGUACACCCUCGCUCGGCCCGGGGCUGGUGCCGGGAAGCGCGCUGCUGGCGCUCGCGCGGGCAGCGGCAGGUCUACAGCUGUAGGGGCGUAAGCUUGGCGAAGGAGAUAACUGCGCUGGGUUUGUAAUGGGUUUGGGGGUAUGUCACGAGGCGUUUCGAGGGUCUUUGGUUCUGGGUAGCAUGCUUCUGUUUGUCUGAUGAAUUUUAAGUCAUAAAUUUGGUACAUUAGUUGGCGUGGGCUGGUGUGUGGGGGCUGAGGGGAAGCAAACAUGUGUCAUGUCAGUUCGUAUGUGGUUCAAGGACGAGUUUUUUCUCUCAUCUUUACUGUUGCUGGAUACAUGGGAUGAACGUAGAUAGGUAAGGUAAAUAACUAUUUACCUUGUGGCUGAGUCGAGUAAUGAUAGAUGUUUGAUACAUUAUUUGUUUCUGUUAUAUAUUUUAUAACGAGGCUUUGUCCCAGAUGGGUUCG